AUGACGGGCCAGGCGGGACUCCCAACGCUCAGCUUGAUCAGCACGGGAUUGACUGUCUGCCGGGUCCGCUUCAGCGUUUCGGGGCCGAUCCUCCCGUAUCCGCUCUGCUACUUCUGCUUCUUCUGGUGGCAGGAGCUUCUGGAUGCACAUCGCGCCAUCAAGGCCGGCGAGGUCUUCGACGGCAAGAUGCAGACGUUCGAGCGCUCCGACAUCACGUGCACCGACGGUGAGGGCCAGAAGGACUCCGCCGUGUUCCUCGUCGAGGCCGGCGGCACCCUCAAGAACGCCAUCAUCGGCAAGAACCAGAAGGAGGGCGUCCACUGCGACGACCACGACUGCACCAUCGAGAACGUCUGGUGGGACGACGUGUGCGAGGACGCGCUGAGCAUCAAGGGCGGCACUGCUUCCAGUGUGACCACCGUGACCAACUGCGGCGCGCGCUACGCCUCGGACAAGGUGGUGCAGCACAACGGCUACGGCACCGUCAAGAUCAACGGCUUCUUCGCGCAGGAGUUCGGCAAGCUCUACCGCUCGUGCGGCACGUGCGGAGACAUCCCUCGCACUGUGACGGUGGAGAACGUGUACGCCAUCGACCCGCUCGUGAGUCUUGUGACGGUGAACAAGAACUACAACGACCAGGCCACGCUCAAGAACAUUUAUGUCAAGACGACAGACGGCAAGGGCGACGUCAAGGUGUGCCAGUGGUCGCAGGGCAGCAAGACGCCGUCCAACCUGGGCGACGGACCGUCGGGCACGCUCUGCCAGUACACGGAGAGUGACGUCCACAUCAACGAGAAGUAA